CCAGGAAGCAGCAGGGCAAAGCCUGUGCAGGUGACAACGAAGAUCGACACAUCUUGUACAGCUUUCAAGCUGAAUAUAUCUGAACGAUGGAGAAGUUCUUUGAUAUAAUUGUGGAUCGGGCCAGAGACGACUGGAAAGAGAUUGGGCGUAGGCUAGGAGUCACGGAAGCCGACAUCAGGGCAAUCGAGCAACAUCGGAGAGAAGAUCCCACCGAGGGGUGCAGAGAUGUGCUCAACCAAUGGAAGAGAAUGAAAGGGGACCGAGGAACCGUUGAUGACUUGAUAAAAGUGUUGGAGGAGAGAAAACGCAAAGACGUCGCGGAAGAGUUGGAAGCUGAAGCAGAGAUUUUGCAAGCAAAGAUGAGAGACCAGAGGCAACAGGAGCAACAGGUUCAAGACAGAGAAAAGAGUCCGAUGUCGUGGCAAACCCUGAGAAAACAUCGAGCAGAGAUUGCCAAAGGGCUAGUUGAGAGAGGAAAAGUUACAAGGGUAGCUUACGGGCUUCAUGAGCGUGGGGUUGUAACUGCCGACGAGGUUGACGUGAUCAUCACAGAGGAAACGCAAGGAGAUCAGGCAGAAACUCUCCUUCGCCUCCUACCAACUAAACCCGUCAGCGGAUUGCGACUGCUGUGUCAGGUUAUGAGAGAAAAUAACUGUCAGGAACUAGCAGAGACAUUAGAAAAAGCUGCAGAUUCGACCCGUUCGCGAUUACCAAACAACGUUCCCAAAACUGUUCCCCACUACUAUACAAGUAGCAACUUCUCAGUCUUACGACAAACUCUCGAACAAAAGUAUCUCGCCGUUCUCGCAGGCAUAAAUGGCUCUGGCAAAACGCAGCUAGCAUGCCACUUUGCGAACUGCUUCCUUGACAAAACCCCUGAAGCCAUCGCUUGGAUGUUUAACGGAAGUGGUAGGGAGUCACUAAGAAUAGGAAUUCAGCAGUUAUUGCGUGGAAUAGUUGGGAAAGAUCUCCAUGAUGACGAAAAGCGAUUGCAGUUGGAGCUUCGAAGAAGUGGUGUCCACGCUCUUCUAGUCAUCGACGAUCUUCAAGAUUCAAGUCUGGUUCCUGCCUGGAUGCUACAAGGAGAUUCCCUGUGUCAAAUCAUCAUCACAACUAACAACCGGAAUCUAUUGCCAAACAGAGACGUGGUGGAUAUCACUGGCUUCACUGAAGAUGAGGCAGACCAGUUUCUUGUUGGACCGAACGGACUUCCCCAUGGUUGGGACAUAGACGCAGUGCACACAUUGGCGAGAAGAUUCAGCUGCCUUCCUCUUGGUCUAGCUGCGGCCAGAGCGUACAUUGCAGACGCACACAUAGACCCACAGGAGUAUCUGGAGCUACUGGAAACCAAAGCAUCGGCAAAACGGAUACAGAAAAGGGAAGACACAUGGCUCGCCCCAUAUUAUACGUCGCGAGGAGACGUCGGCCGUAACUUGUACGCAGCCAUCAACCUUUCCUUCGGGAAGAUGGAACCAACAGUGCGCCGGAUGUUCAGCUUCAUAGCGUUAAUGGACUCGUCCAUAAUUCCCUUAGCAGUAUUGACAGGAACGAUGGAGUCUUGUCAUGAUGCUGAGGCAAUGGCCGUUGUCAACGACAUGGUCAUUCAGGUUGAACACCUAUCACUCGGCACUGUUGAGGUAGUCCGUUCUCAACGUCAAAUGACCGUUCAUGAGGCAACCCAACAUGCACUCCUCUUUUGGAUGGAGGAUGAAGCAAAGAAUGAGAUGGUGGCCAUCUUGCUAAGAACGCUCGUAAAGUUCUUCAAUAAAGAUCUUCGACUGUCAACAGAAAGGAGUUUUGCCAUCAAGUUACUGCCACAUGUAAAACAGGUAAUAGAGCAAGCCACAAAUCAAGAGUUACGAAAUGACCAGAAGCUAAUGAUUGCGAGACUUCAUGAGGUCAUAGGGCAUUUAUACACCCACCUUGGAAGAGCAGAGGACUCUGAAAUCGAGCUUCGGAGAGCUAUGGAGCUAAUACAAGAAGUAGCAGGCAUUGCGUCAGAGACAACAGAAACGUCAGCUGACUCCGCCAGUAUACAUACGGAGGAGACACUCAUCGAAAAGGCUCGCCACGUCACCGACCGACUGAUGACGAUAGCUGAGCAAGUUAGCGACGAGUUUUUCAAGGCGAUAUCGCGACGUUUGUUGUCUAAAUCUGACAUAGAUACGUUCCAAAACGUAUUACCACGAGAUGACAGGCUGUUGUCGAAACUGUCAAGAGUGAGCCAUAAACAGCGUCCAGUAUCAGAUGCCGUGUACGAUAGCCUUGUCAAGAACGGAUUGGCAGUGCCUGACGACAUUCUAAAGGUGGCCAUUAUUCCGGAAAUCUACGCCUCUGUCUGUUACUCCCUGGGCCGGCUUUGCUUCUACCUUAAGGAUAAGUACAGGAAAGGAACCACGGAACGCACAGAGUUAGAGAUAUACCUCCACAUGGCCCAUUACAUCAGUGAAGAAAUAAAGAGACGUGCCGGCUUGACCACACUGAUGCAUUACAAGUCCCAGGCCACAGGAGUGUUAUUCCUAAAAGUUGACAUCACUGGAGAGACUAGCGAGGAAUCCAGACGACAAGAUCUUCUCGAGGCAGUCUCAAAGUAUGAGGAGUUGAUUCGCAUGGAAGGAAAGUACUUCGAGUUGGGCCUGCUUAAGAAAUACGGACGCGAAGAAUACGCUGUCAUGGUCUGCACUGGUCAGCUAACAAGGUGUUACAGUCUCCUGACUUCACUGGAGUCGAACGAAUCCCAACGAAAAGACUUCCAUCAUCGCGGAGCGGACCACUGCAAGGAGCUUAUCAACCUUGCAAAAGGCCAACAUGACGUUACCAGGCUUGCCUCCAACUUCAACAAGGCCGGUAAUUAUUUCCUACAAGGCGAAGAACCCGAACACCUGGAUGAAGCUAUCUAUUGGUUUAGGCAGGCCUUCAAUGAAGAGAUGAACAGACAGAACUUUGAUUUUCCCUUGGUGGAUGCUGAAAAAGGUACGAAAUUCUAAAGAAGCAUAAAUCCAUGUUGAAAGAUCUUUCAUGUAGUUUUUAUGAUUUUGCAUUUGCCACUAGAUUGAUACGUUAUUAACAUCGCCA